AUGACCUUCUCCGUUAAGGGUGGCAGCUACUCGUCAUCGCACCCCAGCCCCGCGAUGCACCCCUAUGUCUCACCGUCCUUGCUGCCGCAGUCUCAUGGGCAACAGGCGCCGCCAUCUUUUUCCUUGGGGGACGAGCAGUAUGUAGGGGUGCCGAAGCGUGUCGGCGUCGACCCUACCAAGUACAAAACCACCAUCUGCCGCAACUGGGAGCAGACAGGGACAUGCACCUUCCGCGGCUGCACUUUCGCCCACGGCGUCGAGGAGCUCCGCGCGCCUAUGCGACCAGACGGGCACACGCCGGUGCUGCGCCCGCAGCAUCUCUCUCCUGGCAGUACACCUCCUUUGCGUGCUUCGCAACCACCACCGCCGCCCUCUUCAGGCCACUAUACACUCGAGCAGUUGCUGGACAUGUUGUACAAGGAGGUUCUUCAUCAGCGCGAGCUCGUGUCGGUGCACGUCGAAGCCAACACCACGCUUGAGGGCAUGCUGCGCCGAGAGCAGGCCCAGCACGAUGCUUCUAAGAAGCAGCUGGAGGAGAAGACUCAGCAGUGCGAGUUGCUCGCGAGAGAACUCUUUGCCCGAAAUCAGCAACUGCGUAAGGCGGCUGACAGCUCUCCGGAGAUCAAGGGACUGCUCGAUCAGUGGGAGACGCAGCUGGCAAGCUUCUCUGAGGUGGAUGUGAAGAAGGAUGACGGGUUUUAUACCGCCACAGCCACAUCCUCAACGGAUGACGGCGGGGAUUCUGGAAAGGAAUACGAAAGCGCGCGUAUUGAGGAGCUCCUGCGUGCCCUGCAGCGGUGA